UCCAAACCCUAGCCCGCCUCCCGGCCUCCGGUGCUCGGAUUCCCCGCGGCGGCGCGUGAUCCGGCCCAACGCUCCCAUCGCGCCCCGCGCGUCCGGUUCACCCUAGAUCCGGCGGAUGGAGCGCCCGGCGGAGAAGGAGGCGCCGCCGCCCGCGGUGGAGGACGGGAUGCUCUCGGCGACUGCGGCGAUGGCGAGGGACGCCGCCGUGCUGCUCCAGAGCCGCCGGUACGCCGAGUGCGCCGAGGUGCUCGCACAGCUCCCGCUCAACGAGGGCGAUCCCAAGGUCCUCCACAAUAUGGCCAUUACAGAAUCUUUCUUGGAAGGUUGUCCUGAUCCAAAGAGUCUGCUUAAAAUUCUAGGCGAUGUUAAGGUUGGAAAGAUGCUGAAAUAUAAGCAAGAAGAUGUUUGCGGAGGAGAGAGUAGUGAAAUGCACAGGGAUCUGAUUGAUACUUUUGAAGAGCAAUUUGGCGAUUCAAGUGAUUCUGGUCAAGGUGUCUGGGGUGAACUCAGCAAAGGAAUUGCUGCAAAGUUGUCUCGAACUGUUUUCUCCAUUGCUUCAUUUAAGGGAAAUGCGAUGCUAUGUGCAUGCUCAGGCAUAGUUAUACGAUCUGACCCACCCAUCACAACUUUGCUGACUUCGGCAAGUUUAGUGAGAUCUUCUCAUGGCAGGAUUGAAGAUGACUUGAUGAUUAGAGUGCGCUACGAGUACCGACAGUAUACCAACGGGUGGUUGGGAGACUAUGAUUUGGAUCACAACCUUCUUCUUGUCAACAUCCAUACCCGCCGUCUUCCUGUGGCACAUCUUGACCAUCAAGUGCAACUUGAGUCAUGUAGCAAGGUACUAGCUGUAGGUCGUGUUUUCAACUCCAGAAAAUUGAUGGCCACAAGUGGGUUAGUGAAGGACACAAUAAGCAUAUAUGAUCAGGAGGAGGCCGCAGUCUCCACAUGUAAAAUCAGUAAGGCUGGGAUUGGAGGGCCCCUUAUAGAUGUCGAUGGGUACUUUCAUGGCAUGAACUUUUAUGGUGAGGAAGAAACACCAUUCCUUCCAAGGAGUAUAAUUCUCAAAUGCUUGAAGCGUUUUGGGAUAUUUGGGGAUGAAAAUAAAGGAGGUGACUACACAAGCAGGAAAAUGAUGAGAUGCGCAAAUAGGACUGUGGAUGCUUCCCCAUCUUGUGGCUUCUUUUCAAAAGAAUUUGUUGAUCAGAUGCAUGAUCGUCUACGCUCCAAUGGUUUUCCCUUGCCAACUACUAUCUGCGCUGGCAUGGACAUUAAUAAUUCUUUUGAAGAGAAAUUCUGCAAAUUGGAUGGCUCUAAAGGAGAUUUCGUGAAUGAACUCAGUGUGGAACUUGCUUCAACUUUGUCUCGGAGCGUUGUCUCCCUUGCUUCAUUUGACGGAAAAACAAGGUGGUUUGCAUGCUCAGGCACACUUAUAGAGUAUGAUCGACGUACAAGCGUUCUAACGUCAGCAAGUUUGGUCAGGUCUUUUGAUGAUGAAAACAAAAUUGUUGAUAACUUGCAGAUUGAAGUGCACCUUCCAGAUGGACAAUGUGUCAAAGGGACGCUGCAGUACUGUAAUUUAUAUUAUAAUAUUGCUGUCGUCAACACCUUGGUCUUCCCUGAUUUUCGUGCAGCAAAUCUCUAUCAUCCAAUGCAAAUUGAGACUGGUCGUAAGGUGGUGGCUGUAGGGCGUAUUUUCAGUAGUGGCAGAUUAACAGCCACUUGUGGAAUAGUUACUGGCAAAGAGAGCAAUUUUUGCGACAAGCUUAUGAUGUCCACCUGUAAAAUCACUAAGGUUGGGAUUGGAGGGCCCGUUGUUGAUUUCAAUGGUAACUUCAUCGGCAUGAACUUUUAUGACAAGGGAGAAACUCCAUUCCUGCCUAGAAAUGUAAUUCUUGAAUGCCUCAGGCAUUUUGAGACGAGAGGGAUCAUGGCUGCUGAAAAUAUUGCCGAUAGGCCAACCAGAUGGCCAGUGCCCGAACCCUAUUGGUUCAACCCGACAAUCGAUGAGCCUACGGACCCUUUGUUGGAACUGGCACUUCUACCUAUGGUGGUGCUCAGGGCGGACCCAGCCCAGAAAUAGAGCAGGGGCUGCUAGCUACAGUAACACUGGAGCUACAAUAAAAACAUCUACAGUCUACUAAACCAACAAAAAUGAGUAGGGGGGCGUGCCCCCACUCCUAUAACGCUGAGCCUGCCCCUGGUGGUGCUCUGAUUAUGUGGCUUUAGAAUCUGCAAUGUGAUGAUUAAUAAAUAUUAUUAUGUACUUGUGCUCCAAGUCUAGCAAGUAUUGACCUUAGUUCAGUUUGUGUAACUUCAAGCACAUUUCCUUGGCACAUUCACCCAGGGUUAAAAUGCAAGCUUUGAGAUAUGUAUGGGCUCCCCUGUCUGUCCAUCUU